UUUAACCAUAAAAACUCGACCCUAAUCGCAUCGCAUUAUUUGAUAAAAUUUUUCUUAAAUGAUAUAAAUAUACAAUUAAACAUAAAUUACUUCAUAAAUUCUUCAGCAAUAGAUUUUAAUAGUUUGUUAUGAUAACGUAGUGUUUAAAUUAAAGCAUUUUUAAUCUUAUUAAGAUAAGCUGCACUAUUUAUUUUUCUGCAAUAUUCAUUUUUCAUGUGAUCUUAAACAUUGUUAAUCUAACUGAACCUAUUCAUUUGGAUGCUUGAUCAUAAAAACCAUUCAGGUUGGCAUGAAUUUGCAGCUGGGGCAGGCGCAUCUUUUAUUAAUUUAGCAUGCACAUUUCCUGCGCACAAGGCAAUGCUACGUCAGCAGGUUGACUCUAUUACACUUUAUAGAGCUGUCAAUCAACUGAAACAAGAAGGUAUUUUUAAACUAUAUCGUGGGUUUGCACCACCACUCAUUCAGAAAUGUGCUGGACUUUCUUUAAUGUUUGGUUCAUAUCAUGCCUUUGAAAAAAUGUUUUCUGAAAAUUUUCCUUCAUACAGUUCUCUUACAAUAAAGAUAGCUGCAGCUCUGCUUGCCGGGAGUAUAGAAGCCUUGUUAGCCCCGUUAGAGCGAAUGCAAACUUUGCUUUCCAUUUCCGAACACAAGGACUACGUUUACGUUCGAAAUACAUUGCAUACUUUUUUAAAGAUUAAAAAGCACUAUAACUGGAAAGAAUACUACAGGGGAUUCACGCCGAUCUUAUUGCGUAAUGGACCAAGUACUGCAGUUUUUUUUGUUUGUCGAGAGUCUAUUAAACAAUCUUUUCCUACACCCCAUAAUAGCAUAGAAAAUGUUGUUGAGGAUUUUUUAAGUGGUGCCCUAUUAGGUGCAUGUAAUAGUACAUUAUUUUACCCCCUGAAUGUUGUAAAAGUGAACAUGCAAAAACGGCUGGGUGAAGAAUAUAAAAGUAUAGUUGUAACAAUUCAGGAGAUUUAUCGUUUGCGCGGUGGAAGUAUACAAAAUUUGUAUUUUGGUGUUCAUUUGAAUUUUAGCCGAGCCUUGGUCUCUUGGGGCAUUAUUAAUGUAUCUUAUGAAUACAUUAUGAAAGUUUUGUCUAGAACAGACAAAUAAGUUUUUUAGCUUGUUACAUGUAUAAUAUAUAUGUUACUUAUAAAAGGUAAUUGUAAAUAAAAAAAUUUACUAACUAGCCAUUGCAGUUAAAAAUAAAAUAUUUUUUUUAA